CCGCUGCCGCUGCCGCUGCCGCUGCCGCUGCGUCUCCCGACAUCACUACGGGUACCACUACAGCGACCAGCACUACAGGGACCACCAUCGACGACCCAAAGAAGAAAUGCGAUAAGAAUACGGGCACCGAUAAGAAUAUCUUACCUAAGGUAGGCAACGAUAAGAAUACGGGAUCCGAUAAGGACACGGGUGCCGGUAGCGUCAGGGAUGGCGCCAGCACGUCCCUCCAGCUACAGGGCCCCCAGCCAGUGCCAGAGUCAGCGCCAACAGCCGCCAUCCAGGAGAAGCAGCCGAUGCCCACGGGCAGAGUCAUGGCUUCUGCCCCCUUGGCCCUUCGUACGAAAAAUAUCAAUACUUUCCCGGCCAGUGCCACCACCGCAGACAACCUGAACACGAGCGGCCACCACAAUACGAGAUCCUUUGCUGCUGCAACUGGCACCAUCACGAGCCCGGCAACCUCGACUUCGACCACCACCUCCAACUCCUUCGCCGCCUGUUCUCCCUCCUCGACUAUCCUCUCAGCCCCUGCUGCUCUCGCCCGUCACAUCUCUACCUCGUCCCUUCGAUCCAACAGCAGCCUCAUCUCCCAGAUCCAGGAUAGUUUGCAGCAACAGCAACAUCACCACGCCUCCUCGGCAUCUACACUCGUUCGACCCGUCGCCCAACCAAUCGUCCGAACCACGUCCGACUCGGGCACCUUGAACCUUAAACACCCUAUCCCCGACCUCAACUGCCGCUCCGGCGCCUACACCACAAACGUCGCUGCUCUGGAGAAGUCGGCCGAGCGCCUGUCCAUGACCAGCUCCAUCGAGGACGCCAUCCGCGACUUGCAUGGAGAGUUGAAGCGUUCCGACUCCCGCCGUUCUUCAAUCCUUGCUGCCAACCUCGCCGCCUCCAACUCCCCCGUCGACGAAUCCUCGGCCCAUCCCGGCCCCCUUCGCGUCAUCCCUCCCGUCGCCUCCAUCGUCGAGCUUAACAACAACGCCCGCCUCGGCGGCUACUCUCCCAGCGGCUACGUCAUGUCUCCCAAUCACUCUUUGACCGGCCGCCUGCGCUCCAGCUCCAACAACUCUCGAGGCCGUCCCGAAAUCGAUGUCGAUGCCAUCAUGUCGCGCCACGGUUCCGGCAAGGGGUCUACCAGGAGCGCCCGCUCUGGAAAGCCUUCCCUUGCUGAGAUUGCCGAGUCGGAGCCCGUUGCCCUGACUGGACGUGUCCUCGAUGAAGCCGAUCACGCCCCUAUCCCUGUGACGGCCGACGACGACGCGACUAUCCGUCGUCCCAACACCAACGAAGAGAACCGCGGGAGUGUCUUCAACUUGCUUGGCGAGAUGGACCAGCAUUCUGGAGGCCUUGGCUUGGACUUUGGCGGAGACAGCGGCAGGCGGGACUCUGACGACAGGCCGCCCACGCCAAGGUCGACCUCGACAUUUGACCACACCAAUGCCUUUGGGGACUUUGACGGCGUGCACUGCCAGCCCGAAGAUCUCGAGCGGAGCGAGUUCGACUCGCGUGAGCAGAGCGAAUACGGUGACGCACCCAUGCCUAUCCCGCACACCAUGCCGAUGCCAGAUAUUCCAGAGCCUCAAUACGAAGCACCGCCGCCUCGUAUGCCACGAAACAACAGGAACACCAUCCGGCCACAGUCCUACUUUGACGAGCUCACAGGUCAAGAGAUGCUCUACUACCCUGCUCGCGUGCCCGCUAUGCUCAACCUGCCUCCCAAGUUGUCCAGGAAGCCCAAGACUGAGGUCCGGAAUGCGAGGCACUCCAAGGUGCUUCAAGCCAUGGGCCACCCCGGUUUCGGCCAGGCUAAGUACCUGCCCCAGGAUCCCGAAGCGUCUCAGGUCCGCGAAUCCAAGAUGUGGCUGCCCGAUCCGCUUGCCGGUCACGGCAUGACCUCCCUUGGAGACGACAUGGAGGGACAGCGCUCGGGUGACGCCUCACUCAAAGAACCUGCCGUGAUCGAUUCCCAUGUGCCAUCUGAACAGGGCGACGCCUUAUUGUCGGGUGAUGGUACUGCUGCUGUUGGCGGCGGUGAUGAACCCGAACACAUGCCAGAGGAUCCCCCGCCAACGCAACGCCGCAAGUCCAAAAUGCCAAGGGCUUCCAACCUACCACCACAACUACGCGCGAGCGCCUUUUUCGACUUGCCGUCCACAACACCGCAGAUCGAGGUCAAGGGAGGCUCUGCGAUGGCGACGCUCGACAGCAUUCUUGAUGCGUCUGCCAAUGCCCCAGUCAGUGCCUUUACCGACCACGCUUUCGCAGGAAAGUUGGGCGAUGAAACGUACGGCCCCGAUAAGAAGAAGAAGAACCGCAAGUCCACCGCUACAGUCUUGCUCCCCGAAGAGCAUGUUCGGGCCGCGUCGCAGAAGAAGAAGGGCGGUCUCAUGCCAUUCAGCAAGAAAUCCGACAAUGGAUCUAGGAAGAAUUCCAUGGCCGGCAGCAGGGAGGAGAACCAGGCUCUCUCUGAUCACGUCGACGGGGAGGAUAGAGAAAAGGCCGAAGGCGAGGGCUCUGAUGAAGAAGAGGAAGAAGAGGAGGUCGACGAGUUCGCAGGAGUCCUCGAUGGGCCUCCCACGACCCUGCUCGCCGAGCUGCAGUUACGCAAGUACCACGCCAAGAUGCGCACCCAGAACCCGAACCGUAAUGUCGGGCAGAACGGAAUGCAUGCCACCCUUAUUGAGCUCGACGCGGUUGCUGAGACACAGAAGAGGCAUCGUGAGAAAAAGAAGAUUGCGCUUGCCUGGGAAGUCGACGGCGCCAAGGAGGAGGACCACAGCUCUGACGAAGACGAAGUUCCUCUUGGCGUCUUGUAUGCUGGUAACCCGCAUGUGGCUGAGAAGAAUCGACCCAUGGGUUUGAUGGAGCGUCGUGAUCUGGAAGAGAACGAGCCUCUCAGCUCCCGUCGUGCCCGUCUCCAUGGCCUAGAACCCCCGAGGACACUGGCCAAGCAGAGGAGCAACUUUACCCUCAAUGCUGGGCUGAGCCAGAUGCGUCUCAACCAGAUGCCCUCCGCCGAGCACUUGAGACCCGAGGAGGAGUCAGAGGACGAAGCCACUGCCGGAGAGACCCUCGGUGAGCGCAUGCGACGCCUCAGGGCCAAGGAUGAAGCCGAACACAACAACCUCCCCAACGCCCGCCCUGUCAGCAGAGCAUUUUCCGCAGAGAUCCUGGCCCAGUUUGGCGAUAACGAUGAGAAGAAGCCCGGAGACAAGGGCAAGGAAAAGGAGGCCCAACCGGAGGAGGGAGAGGAGACGCUUGGCCAGCGGAGGAAGAGACUACAAGCCGAACGCGAGGCACGAGAGCAGGAGAUGAUGCUCAGCGGCGGGCCGAUGCCAGUCGAGGCCGAAGCGCCUCCGUUGCGCAAGAAGCACAGUCUGGCCGAUGUCCUCAACUCCCACCCCAUUGCCUACAACCCUGCCCUGGACGAGCAGCGCCGCCUCGAGCAGGAGAAGCGCAAGGUUCGGGACCAAGAGGCCAAGAUGGCUGCAGUCCGCGCCCAGAUGCCGCAGACCCUUACCGGACCAAACACGCAGCGGAGUGGCGGGUACAAGAAUGGCGCUUUCAACGACGCCACCGGAGGCACUGGAGGCGCCCCAGGAGCCCGAGGUCUCCUCGCACAGCCUGGACUGCCGCCUGUCAACGCCGGAUUGGGUGUCAACAUGGGACCUGGCGGAUGGAACCGCUCCAGCAUGGCCUUGAGCAACUACGGAGGGCCUCUUCAGCAGCCUAUGCAGCAGCAGCAUCAAGUAUACGGAAACCCUGGUAUGGCGCAGAUGAGCCAGCCGAACCUAGGCGGGUAUGGAGGUUACACUGCCGGCGGCAUGGGCGGUAUGAACAAUAUGGGGGGCAUGAAUGGCAUGAACCCCUACGGCGGAGGCAUGGGUGUACCGAUGCAGAUGCAGCCCAUGGGUAUGCAGCAAGGCAUGGCUCCAAUGCCCAUGCAGCAGAUGCAGAUGCCGAUGCAGCCCGGCCAUAAUGGGCAGAUGCAGUCCAUUGAGCGCUGGCGGCAGAGCGUCAUGUACUAGACGAUGACCGGCUCGAAUCCCAGGCGAGAAAGGGCUAUGCGAUGUUUUUAUCGACCCCCACCGACCACUACCUACACAUUAAGCUCUGGGCGGACAUAGUCUGCAGGAGCUGUAUAUAACAUACACACUACCAUGGCAUUGCGAGGGGAGUUGGAUUGAUUUCUUUUGUGUAACAACUUGGGUGGUUUGCGAAGCACAGCGCUGCGAAGCAUUAGGACACAAUAGGGGUUGGGAACAUGGUUUCUCGGGUUACCUACAUAGGUACUAGGGGAUUAUUACAUUACAUUGAACGUUACAUAUCAAUUCUAAUAAUCACACUUGUGAAUCUCGUCUA